GGGUCUACGCCUACUUUCCGAGACUCGCCCCCGUGCCAGAUGCGGAGACCCCUCUCGUCGUUCCAUUUUCGCGCUGUUUCGACGGGAGGUGCGUACGGAGGCCUCGGGAGACGUUUAGCUUCUUCCGCCGCUAUUUUGACACCAUCACUCCCGCAGAGAUCACCUGGCAGCCUUGGGCUCCAUUGCCAGCCGUGAUUCGGGAUCGAUUUGUCGGUGCUGAGGAGACCUCGCGUUUCCGGAUUUUGCUGGAGGGCCCGGUCUGUCGGGCUUGUUACCUGGGCGAGCGUUUCCUACGCCAGACCAUAGGGUUACCAGAGUAGCUAAUCCCAAUUCACCCUCCUGAGCAUAUAAGGGAUAUUGAGAGAUUCACCGCCGAGCAGAUGGCCGACUACACGAUCAGCUAGGAUGCGACCCGCUUCAGAGGCAUCGGUGACUACAGAGAGUACGUGCAGAUGUAUGUUAUGCGGCCUCUGAGCGGCGGCCAUCGAGUUGAGGGAGAGAGACCCGCGGCGCCGGCAGCUAGGGCAGGAGCGGGGACUGGGGUAGGAGCAUCGAGGAGAGCUCGGGUCCGCGGCAGGGGUGGAGUUCAGAGAUGGCGGGGGGGUGGCUGGCCUGCACUGCCCACCUCACUGACAUACAGAGGGCAGGGUGGGGCGACCUACCAGAUCCCCUUUGCUCCUCCUCCAGCUGACCACGAGUUGGUCGGUUUCCAUGACUUGCCUCCGGCUUCUUCCGAGUAUACCCAGCAGUCCUUGGAGUUAAAUGCCUCCAUGAUGGGGAUGUUGCAGCAGACUUUCGACCUCCUGGCCCUCUAUAGUAUUCCGCCUCCUUUCCAGAUUCCCACUGUGGGAGGUGUUCUAGCUAGGCCUUCUGUUCCUGCAGGAGGAGAUGGAGAGGGCAGAGUAUUCCCCCGCACCAAGGCGGGCGCACUCACGUCGGGAGUAGCUCGCAGGCUCCAGUCCCUGAUGACGAUGACGAGGAGUCGGAGGCGGAGGCGGAGGCGAAGACAGAGUCAUUGGAGGAGGAGACCGAAGACGGCUCGGACUCGGGCUCAAAUGACUGCGCUGAUGAUGCUCCUGGACCUUCGUCCAGGAAGAGGACUAGGACGGACUCCCAGGCCUGAGAUUCUUUGUCAUUGAUCCAGAUUUUUGCUGUUUUUCUUUUUCU